CUGUAAAAACUCAGUGCAUCAGGGGAAAAUAAGGUGUGGCAGGCAGCGACUGUGAUGUGCCACUGUGACAGAACGCUGGGAAAGCAUCACGAGAGCACAGAGCAAAUGUUUGCUUGUUGAAGAGCUGUGAUCUAAUAAUAUCUCCAGGUUUGGAUUUAUUAAAGCAGCAUUCCUUACUGUUCUGGUUGGAAAAGAAGUAGUCAAGGAGUAGAAUGGAGUGUCCGUUGCUGUUUUACCUAAUCUUGACCACAGUAACUUUUACAGAUCCUGUGCACAGCCAAAUCAUACAUGCUUCUGAGAACCCCGUACCACUGGGGAACAACGUGACCAUCAUCAGCAACACCAACGUUACCGUGGGAACAUGGACAUUCAACAACAAUCUGCUGGCCUUAAUUUACCCUGGAGGGUUUUAUUUAAGUAAUGCUAAAAGUGGUAAAUUAAUUUUUGAUUCCAACACGUCGUCUCUGACUAUAAUAUCAGCACAACUGGCCGACUCUGGAGUGUACAAGUUAGAACAACUGGAUAAGUUUUCUGUUCAGCUGUGGCUGUCGGUCCAAGAGCCAAUUUCAAAUGUGACUUUAUCAGCACAAAGGACGGAUCUGGUGGAGCUCAAUGACACAGCAGUCUUCAUCUGCUCAGUCUCCAAGGGAACGUCUUUGUCUUAUGAAUGGUUGGCAGGAAACUCUACAAUAUUAAGCCGUGCAGGUGUGCAGCUCAGCAAUGGCGGUGCCAAUCUUAGCAUAGUCGGGCUGACCCGCUAUGACCAGGGACCAUACAGGUGCAAUGUGUCCAAUGGACUCGGAUAUGAAGUCAGCCCACCUGUUUAUCUGAACAUCAGCUACGGUCCAAAUAAUGCAACCAUGACAGUCGACCCUGUAAACUACAUGUACAGAUCAGGAUCUAACAUCACACUGUCAUGCUCUGUGAAGUCCAAACCCACAGCAAUAGUGCAGUGGAUGUUUAAUGGAGUCAGCCUUAACCAGUUUGGCUUACAGCUUCACCUGCAGAAUGUCAAAGAAAACAACUCAGGAACUUACAAAUGUUUAUUUCACAACACGGUCACAAUGCUGUUCAACAGUGACAGUACAGUGAUACGAGUGAUGGAUCCAUUAUCAGCAGUGGACGUUAGUAUUACUGGUAGACCAGCAAUACUAGAUGAGGCGUUUACUCUCCAGUGUGGAGCGACUGGACCUGUUGGCAGCAUCCAGUGGUGGAAAAAUGGCAGCCUAAUUGCUCCUGACAAUAGAACCAUGUUUGGCAACAACAACAAGACUCUGACUCUUAAACCAGUCCGAUUUUCUGACGGUGGACUCUACAGGUGUCACGUUUUUAAUCUCGUGAGCGACAUGACCAGCGGCCCCUUCGCUGUUGUAGUCAACUAUGGACCAAUGAUGCCAACUGUAACAGGACCAAAUGUGGUGAAGUCAGGAAACACUGUUACGUUCAAGUGCUCAGCAGAAUCUGUUCCACCGAGUCUCUACCAAUGGCACUUCAAUGGUUCUGUGGUCUCCGCCAUGUCUGAGUAUACAACACCUUCACUCACCGAAGAAAUGAGCGGGGCAUACAUCUGCAUGGCCUUAAACAACAUCACAGGGAAGAACAGCACUGCCAGCAUAAUGCUUACAGUUGUUGAUCCAAUACAAAAUGUAACAGUACAAGCACAGAAUGAUUCCGCCAUCGAGGGUAAUCCACAUGUUUUAACUUGCGAUAUAAUUGGUCCGGCUGAUAAUAUUUACUGGAUGGAGAAUGGUGAGCCAUUAUAUUCGGAUAACAGAACCGGUUUCUUCAUGAAUAACAUGACAGUCAAAUUUACGGCAUUGAAGCGUUCUGAUACCGGAAACUACCAAUGUCUUGCAAUUAAUGCUGUGGGAAACAUGACCAGUGAUCCUUACAAACUGCUUGUCACCUAUGGACCAGACACGGCAGAAACUAUUGGACCCAAUGUUGCCAAGACAGGAGACAAUGUUACACUCACAUGCUGGGCAGAUUCAGCUCCCCUGAGUCUCUACCAAUGGCACUUCAAUGGUGUUUUGGUCUCCAACAUGUCUGAGUAUAUGACACCUUCUCUCACUGAAGAAAUGAGCGGGGAGUACACCUGUACUGCCAUCAACAGCAUCUCUGGAAAAAACAGCACUGCCAGCAUAAUGCUUAAAGUUAUUGCUCCAAUACAAAACGUUCAAGUCGAAGCUCAGAUGAAUCUCGCAGUUGAAGGUCAUCCUUAUAAUUUAACCUGCAGUGUAAACGGAGCUGUUGACAAUAUUUAUUGGAUGAGAAAUGGUGAAAAACUGAAUUCAGACAACAGAACUAUGAUCUUCAUGGAAAAUAUGACAAUGAGUUUCAUGAGCAUGCAGCGUAAUGAUGCUGGAAACUACACAUGCAUGGCUGCUAAUGCUGUAGGAAACAUGACCAGCAAACCCUUCAUGCUCCUUGUCAACUAUGGACCAGAGAUGCCAGUCAUCACGGGACCAACAGCAGUAAAGACAGGGGACAAUGCCACACUCAGAUGCCACGCAAAGUCGGUUCCCCCAAGUCUCUACCAAUGGCACUUCAAUGGUUCUCUGGUCUCCAUCAUGUCAGAGUAUAUGACACCUCCUCUCACUGAAGAGAAGAGUGUAAAGUAUACGUGUACGGCCUUCAACAACGUCACUGAAAAAACCAGCACUGCCAGCAUAACAAUCACAAUUAUUGCACCAAUUAAAAAUGUACAAAUAGAUACACCAACAUCGGAUGCUUUGGAAGGUUACUCGUAUAAUUUAACAUGCAAUGUAACUGAAACUGUGGAUAAUAUUUACUGGAUGAAAAAUGGUGAACAAUUGCAUCCAGACAGCAGCACUGUUUUCUCUAUGGACAACAAGACAGUCAUGUUUAUGCCAGUGGAUCGUUAUGAUGCUGGAGACUAUGAAUGCAUGGCUAUGAAUGCUGUUGGAAACCUGACAAGCAGUGCUUACAUGCUUCUGGUCAACUUUGGACCAGAUAAACCCAAAAUUGAUGGGCCGAAUUUUGGGGAAGAAGGACGAAACGCGGUCUUCAACUGUUCUGCCGCAUCGAUGCCUCCCAGCACCUACAGUUGGUGGUUUAAUGACUCCAUGAUGGCCGAUACCUCUGAGUUCACAGCUGGGCCUCUAUCUUUCAACAUGAGUGGCUUAUAUACAUGUAUGGCCCACAAUAGUGUGACAGGAAAGAACAGCACAACCUCGACAAUGCUCACCGUUAUAGAAGCAAUAAAUUCAGUGAUGAUUCAAAGCAAUUCGACUCCAAUAAGCAAUGAAAACUUUACCCUCACAUGUCACGUUGUUGGGCCCUAUGACGCCCUCUACUGGAUGAAAGAUGACAUGAAGCUCAACCUGAAUGCCUCCGACCCAGCCUCAUCCAUGUACAUUACUGAAGAGAAGGUUCUGCACUUCACCCCACUGACAACACAGAGUAACGGGACAUAUCAGUGUGUCGCUACCAACAGGGCUGCUAAUCAUACGAGUCCACAGUACAAACUUCUUGUAAACUAUGGUCCUUUGAAUAUAAACAUUUCUGGUCCAGAGUCAGCAAAAGAUGGCGCCUCUGUGUCUCUGACAUGCACUACUGAGUCUUACCCGGAGUGUGACUUCCACUGGUUCUUAAAUAAUCAAUCAUCCCCUCUUAAGAACGGAUCUGUUUUCAGUUUCACUGCAACUAGAGGACCAGCAGCGAAAUACAUAUGCAUCGCAACAAACCCAGUGACAAACAUCACAAUGAAGCAAACUAAAGAUUUUACUAUUCAAGAUCAUGCCUCUGCAAACCACAUCACAAACAAAGGAGCUGUGCUGCUCAUGGGUUUGUUUUCUGUCCUUGUUCACCUGCUUCUCCUUUGAGUCCUGGCUGACAGAAAACUUGCUCCUGCUACAGCCUUCAACAACAAUCUCACAAUGUUACUACUGAAAUGACACAACAAUCUCUAUGUUUGGGUUAAAAUUGAAUAAUCUAUGUGGUUCUCCUGUUCUAUCACUGUUGUUAAUUUUGUUAUUGGCUUGUACCAUGUACAAACAUAGUACAAGGCAUAUCUGUACUGCUUUGCAAUAAUAGUCAUGAGUGUCAUUUUUUUAAAUAGCCUGCAAAUCCUGCAGUACAAAUUACAGAUUCUUCACAUUUUAUACCUGACCUUUUCCUUAGAUAACCAAUUAAUCAUUAAUUAAUUAUCAUAUUUAAUUUAAGACAUUGUUAUUACACACUUAUUUGCUGCUUUUUACUUGCUAAUCAACAAAAUAAACAGAAACAUUGAUUAUAGAGACUUUAUUGAAGAGGUUAUAACAACGUUGUGGUAACAUGAUCAGUCUGUCUGCAAAAUGUAAUCAGCACUUUGUUUAAAAUGUAAAAUAUGUAUGCA